CGCCAUGGACGGCCGGGAGCUCGGGGCCUUCGUGUCGUCCAUGUGCCCGCGCCUGACGGACCUCACCCUGCGCGUCAACCUCGUCGCCUGCUCGGACGUCUCCAUCCGCUCCGCCUCCCUCAGGCGCCUAGAAUUCGACGCCGGAGCCGGGUACGCCCAGCGGCUCGCGGUCGCCGCCCCCAUGCUCGAAGCGCUCGUCGCGUCUUUCGUCCACCACGCCCACGUCUCGGCCCCGAGGCUCGCCGAGGCCAAGGUCCAGCGCCUGCACCGGCACCACUUCGCCGACGACGUGCCCCGUCGUCUCCGGCGGCUGGACGCCACGCAGCUGUACCUAAACGCGGCGGCGCCCCCGAGGGUGCGGCGGUUCGAUGCGGUCGACGAGCUGAGACUCUCUGCGCUCAUUGGAAUGGAGGGAUACACUAGCUUCUUGGACGAUGUAAACAAUUUUCCCGUGUGUGAGAGCGUAUUAUCGAUAUCGUUAACAGGGGGUCACCACGGGUUUGUUCCAACCAUGCUGCAUCUCCUCAGGAGAAGCAACGUUAUAAGGAAGCUUGUGCUGGAGUCAUACACUCAGAUGAAAGAACCAUGCUCGACGGCUUGUCCAUGUCGCUUGCCGGAGAGUUACAGGGCCAACGACAUGACCCUCGAUUCACUUGAAGAGAUAGAGAUCAACACGUUCAUGGGAGCAGAUGACCAGGUGGAAUUCCUAGAGCUGCUAGUAUCCAGAUGUAGUGCAACAAGGCCUAUAAAUGUGGUGCUCAACAAGUCGUACCUUGUUCCUUUACCAACCGAGAAAGUUUCCGAGAUGAUCCACAGCAUUUCUCGUCCGAAUCUCACAGUUGGAUUACAUUAA